CCUCCUCCCCGCAAAAGAGAACCUCACCCACCAGAAGUACAGGACAAAGCCCCUUCGCGACUCCUUCAGAUAUGCCACACUGCUGUCUGCUGUUGGCAACCCUCCUGGACUAGGCUGCUUUGGUUAAUCACAUGGAUGUUGCUGGUUACUGUGUGUGGGCAGAGACCUCUUCACAGUCAGUCGGAGAGAGGAGCCUGACCACCGCACUCUCUCUGGAGAUAUGUGAGUUUUGGAUUUUCCCACAACCAAGGUCAGAAUGCUGCCCCUCCGUCAGGCUCUGGCCGUAGCUGUUGUCCAGAUCUUUAUCUUGUCAGAAAACUGGGCAUUGGCCAAGAAUAUCAACUUCUACAACGUGAGGCCUCCUCUGGACCCUACGCCAUUUCCAAACAGCUUCAAGUGUUUUACCUGUGAAAAUGCAGGAGAUAAUUAUAACUGCAAUCGAUGGGCAGAAGACAAAUGGUGUCCACAAAAUACACAGUACUGUCUGACAGUUCACCACUUUACCAGUCAUGGAAGAAGUACAUCCAUUACCAAAAAAUGUGCCUCCAGAAGUGAAUGUCAUUUUGUGGGCUGCCACCACAGCCGAGAUUCUGACCAUACAGUAAGGAGUGAGUGUAGGUCUUGCUGUGAAGGCAUGAUCUGUAAUGUAGAGUUACCCACCAACCACACGAAUGCGGUCUUCGCCGUGAUGCACGCGCAGAGAACAUCUGGCAGUGGUGCCCCCACGCUCUGCCUACCAGUGCUUGCCUGGGUCUUCGUGCUUCUGCUGAUACGAGGCCACUGUUCCUAGGAGAGGCAGAAACCGCCCCAUGAAGCACCGGCCACGAACUGUGUGAACACAACGUUUGAGUGAAGACCAGUCUCGCACUUGAAGAGUGCACCUUGGACCCCAAAGCAGAAGCCAGUUGUUUGCUGAGCUAAAACACUCCUGCAUCAGGCCACGGAAUUGAGGGAAGGGAACAUGGCAGGAACUGAGGGGAUCGCCAGGCUUCCUGGCCAGAGGGGCUGCAUUUUGUCACUUCCGCAGGGAGGAGCCUGCCCAGCAUCUGCAACGGGUGGGUGGCAGUAAGCCUGUGGUGUUCCUGCCUGCCCAGGCCAUUAGCUGAAGGGACUUGUCGACCUCAAGACUCUUUCGGAAGCUGCUGGGUCAGACCCUCACAUUUCUGUGUGUGAUUAGCUCAGUGUCUCCAUGAAAUCUCACCCUUCCCCUGUGAGAAAGGAAUCUCCCCACCAAUGACAUAGUCAAUGAGAAAGGCCACUAGCUAUAGGAAGAAAACUUCCAGUUGAACUAAUAUGAAACCCAUUUGCUCAUGUGGGGGGAA